AUGACCGACGCUACUAAAUGGGCAAAUGCCGAAGAUGGCUCUUUUAAGAGACAAGUCUCCUCUUUCAGAGACACCAUAUCACCUUCUCACUCCGUUUUCAAGCCUGCCAAGGGUCGGUACUGGCUAUAUGUAUCAUUGGCGUGUCCCUGGGCCCACCGGACGCUCAUCACCAGAGCGCUCAAGGGCCUUACUUCUGUGAUAGGUGUUUCAAUCGUUCAUUGGCACAUGGACACCAAGGGCUGGCGGUUCUUACCGUACGACGAGAGCACCAAGGGCGAAUACAAAAGUCCCUACAGCUACAGUGGUGUUCCCAGCAAAGCGCAGUCAAACGCUACCGGUGGGAUCGCCAACGAUUCCGCAAGACCCGGAGUGGACGGUACCAUCGACCAUAAUUACCACUACAAGAGAAUCAGCGAAUUGUACUACAAGGCGGACCCGGAAUACAGCGCUAGAUUUACCGUGCCAGUGCUAUGGGACUUGGAAACGCAGACGAUCGUCAACAACGAAAGCUCAGAGAUCAUCCGUAUCCUUAACAGCGGUGUAUUUGACGAGUUUGCAGAUCCAAACGUGGAGCCCGUGGACCUUGUGCCAUCGGAGCUGGAGUCCCAGAUCGACGAGAUCAACGGGUGGGUUUACGACAACGUCAACAACGGGGUCUACAAGAGCGGAUUUGCAGAGUCCCAGCAGACGUACGAGAAAGAGGUUACCAGCGUUUUCCAGCACCUUCAAAAGCUCGAGGACAUCUUGAAAGUGAACUACGAGAGUGCCGUGCGCAAGUAUGGCGAAAAAGAUGCGGUUUCCAAGCUAUUUUUGCUGAAGGAGCAAUUGACUGAGGCGGACGUGCGUUUGUAUCCCACGAUUGUGCGUUUUGACCCGGUCUAUGUGCAGCACUUCAAGUGUAACCUUUCUACAGUGAGAACCGGGUUCAAACACCUGGACCUGUGGCUAAGAAACCUGUACUGGAACUUCGACGCGUUCCAGCAGACAACCAAUUUCGACCACAUCAAGCUGCACUACACGAGAAGCCAUCCGCGGAUCAACCCAUUGGGUAUCACUCCUUUGGGACCCGAUCCGGUCAUUUUGCCUCUCUAG